CUGGCCCCUGUGGGUGGAACUUUGAUCGCGAGCUGCUGGAUGGGAUAGUUAUGUAUAUGGUGUUUGACAUCAAUGUCAAUAGUUGCACAAAAUCUACCUCUGUCUCUCACCGACAGUAGAAUGACAUGUUUUACUAAACGUCAGAAAAUGCUGGAGCUCCGCAGCCGUUUAUGAAGCUUCCAGGUAAUGGAUCUUUCUUCAUCAGAACAAAAAUCAGUGUUCAUUUCACAAUGGCAAACAAGACAUUGAUCAUAUCGGCUCCAGGGAAGGUGAUAUUGCAUGGAGAACAUGCUGUGGUUCAUGGAAAGGUGGCUCUGGCAGUCAGCUUAAACUUGAAAACAUAUCUCCGACUGCAACCAUGUCCUGAUCAAAAAGUGCAAUUAAACUUACCAAAUAUUAAUGUCCAUCUUAGUUGGAAACCUGCUGCCCUCCAGUUUCUGCAGUCAGCAAUUGAUGUGACUGACGUGCUGACCCCAAUGGCUCCAAACCAGGAACAAAUGGAUCAAUUGAGACGGUUUGCAGGAAUUCCAGAAGGCGUGACAGAUACAGAGAGCCUCAGUGUCCUCUGCUUCCUUUACCUUUAUGGUGCUAUCUCCACCAGAAAUGGGCAGAUGCCAAACAUGGACAUUCUGAUUUGGUCUGAACUUCCAAUAGGAGCUGGCUUGGGAUCUAGUGCUGCAUAUUGUGUAUGUCUGGCAGCAGCACUUUUAUCAGCCAGUGGGGCCAUUACCUGGCCAGUUCCACAGGAGUACAACAGUACCAGGUGGAGUGAAGAUGAACUGGAGCUGAUUAACAAAUGGGCAUUUCAAGGAGAGAAAUUGAUCCAUGGAAGUCCAUCUGGUGUGGAUAAUGCUGUGGGAACAUGGGGGGGAGUUCUGAGAUACCACGCAGGUAAAAUUGUUCCUUUAUCCAGUGUCCCCACUCUCCGGAUACUUCUUACUAACACAAAGGUGCCAAGAAGUACGAAAGUACUAGUAGCAGGAGUGAAAGAUAAACUUAAUAAGCUACCAAGCAUAAUAAAACCUGUCCUGGAUUCAAUAGAUGCUAUUUCAUGCGAGUGUGAACGUGUUCUGGCUGCAAUAGCAUCUGGCAAAGCCAUAGAUGAGCACUAUGCAAUCCUGGAGGAACUUAUUGACAUCAACCAACACCACCUGAAUGUUAUUGGAGUGGGCCAUUCAUCACUGGACAGAUUGUGUCAAAUAACUGCAACAUAUGGUCUACACAGCAAACUGACCGGUGCAGGAGGUGGUGGAUGUGGCUUAACACUGCUUCGACCAGAUACAAGUCAUUCUGUGGUGGAAGCAUCAACACAGGCUUUAAAAGACUUUGGGUAUGAUUGCUGGGAAACAGUUAUUGGUGGUUCGGGUGUGUCCCUGCAUUCACCAUUCUCCUUGCCCAAGGACAUAUUUCAGAUUCUGUGCAAUGUGAAGAAUUGUCAAUGAAGAGAUUUGGAUACCUAGUACUGUCAUGGACUGCUUAUUUCCUGACUGAAGCACAAAGCUGAUCACUAAAUCCCUGAAAGAGAAAACAUUUACCAGUCAAAAUGGCGGACAUUCAAACUGCUGUAGUUGGCUGAAUAAUACUGCAGUGGAAAGGGUUGGCACACCAGAUGUACUCUGUAAUGGCUACAUUUUUGAAUUUGAACAAUAAAUUGUGCAAAGUGAAAAUCUAAA